AUGGAUAUGGAUAUGACCAUGUCGAUGGGGACGUGCAACUCGUCGAUGUUAUGGAACUGGUACACAAUAGACUCGUGCUUCCUAGCCGAGUCAUGGCACGUAACCAGCAACGGCGCCUUCGCGGCCUCGUGCAUCGGCACCAUCCUCCUCGUCAUCGUCCUCGAGGCGCUGCGCCGCGUCGGCAAGGAGUACGACGACUGGAUCCUGCGCGGGUUCCAGGCGCGCGCCGCCAUGGCCCGGCUCGAGCAGCAUGUGCCCGCGGCCGCCGCCUCGUCAUCCUCCUCCUCGGCAUCCGCGAGCACCGGCCCUGCCAAGGGCGCCGCCACGGCAAAGGUCACCCCGGCCUCCGCGGCCUGGAAGCGCCUGGGUGGCGGCGGCGGCGGUGUCGCGAACGGUGUGGGUGGUGUCGGUGGCAGGGCGGUCGUGUUCCGCGUCAGCCCGCUGCAGCAGCUCUUCCGGGCUGUGAUCCACGCCGCUGCCCUGGGGCUGGCGUAUAUUGUUAUGUUGUUGGUUAUGUCGUACAACGGGUACAUCAUUAUCUGCGUCAUCAUCGGCGGCGGCCUGGGCAAGUUCUUCUGCGACUGGAUGACGCGCCAGUAUGUUAUCGACGGGGACGGGUCGGGCGAGGAGGAGGGUGCAGCUGGGAUUGAGGAGCCUAGUGUGUGCUGCAGCUGA